AUGGCCAUCUUCUCCAAAAUUGGAAUCGUAGGGGCUGGAAUAAGCGGCAUAGCUGCUGCCAAACAGCUCCGAAAAUACGAUCCAGUAUUGGAAUACUUGCACUCUUAUGCUACCCAUUUUGGGGUGGUGGAACUCAUCAAAUUCAGCUCCAAGGUGGUGGAAAUCAGGUUUGUUGGUAAUCAUGCCAAUGAUCCUGAUGAUCAGGUUAACUCUAACGGCUAUGGAAAUUUGCUCAAUGGCCAGCCCGUCUGGGAGGUUGCUGUCCAGACUAGCGAAUCUGACACAGUUGAGUGGUAUGCCUUUGAAUUGUUGGUGAUUUGCACUGGGAAAUACGGUGACGUCCCAAUAAUACCCCAGUUCCCACACAACAAGGGCCCUGAAGUGUUCAAAGGACAAGUCUUGCAUUCCCUUGAUUACUGCAAACUGGAUGAAGAAAACUCCGUGCAAUUACUCAAGGACAAAAAGGUUGUAGUAGUCGGGUACAAGAAAUCAGCUAUUGAUUUAGCUGUCGAGUGCGCAAAAGCAAACCAAGGGCCUGACGGACAACCAUGCACCAUUGUGGUCAGGACGUUACAUUGGACAAUUCCACAUUAUUCUAUCUGGGGUCUGCCAUUUUACUUGUUCUAUUCAACAAGGGCUUCUCAAUUCCUCCAUGAAAGACCAAACCAAGGGAUUCUCAGGAACAUCUUUUGCAAGCUAUUGUCUCCAGUGAGAAAUGCAAUGUCAAAGAUAAUCGAGUCUUAUUUGGUUUGGAGGCUUCCACUGGAGAAAUACGGAUUGAAACCUGAUCAUCCGUUUGUGGAGGACUACGGAUCCUGCCAAAUGGCUAUCUUGCCAGAGGAAUUGUUUGAGGAGGCAGAGAAGGGGAUGAUUGAUUUCAAAAAAGCAUCAAAGUGGUGCUUUUGGGAGGGAGGAGUUGAAUUUGAUGACAAUACCAAAUUGGAGGCUGAUGUUGUGCUUCUUGCUACCGGUUUUGAUGGCAAACGAAAGCUACGAAACAUCCUCCCUGAGCCUUUUCGCAGUCUGCUUGAAACUGAAGGCAUGAUGCCCUUAUACAGGGGUACAAUCCAUCCACUGAUUCCCAAUAUGGCAUUUGUGGGUUAUAUUGAGAGCGUUUCAAACCUGCACACAGCUGAGAUUCGUUGCAAAUGGCUGUCUAGACUCGCAGACAAUUAUUUCAAGCUUCCAAGCGUGGGACAGAUGCUUGAACAAACACAGAAAGAGAUGGGGAUCAUGAGGAAGACCACCAGAUUUUACAAGAGAAGUUGCAUUUCCACUUUCAGCAUCAACCACACAGAUGAGAUCUGUGAAGAGAUGGGAUGGAAAUCAUGGAGGAAAAACAAUUGGCUCGCUGAGGCAUUCAGCCCUUAUUGCAGCCAAGAUUAUCAAGAGCAAAAGCACAUCGACUAAUAAAUAAGAUCUGGACGGUCCUAGACAUAUGGCAACUCUAUUUAUUGUUUUAUUAGUUCCUUUUACCACAUAAUAAAGAUUGCGAGGAGUCUAGGAGUACUAUAAACCUGACCAUAAGAGUCAAGAAGGUUGAUUUUAAAUGUAUCAGUAUACAAAUGAAGCUUAUUAAAAAUGAGAAUAACUUAUUUCUAUCUGCGA